UCAAGACAGGUGAAAAGGAUCUGAAGUGAGUCUGGAACUUAGUGAGCAUAGCAAUGGGCACCCACCUUCAGCUCCGGCCCUGGAUAUUUGUCCUGGCUCUGUUGUUCUUCAUGAAAGGUUCUCUGACCCUGGAGUGCUAUAGCUGCUUAGACCUGGGCGAUGGUGGCUGCAGUCAAGAGAAGACAAAGAAAGUGGUGUGCCCAGCGUCCUCCCACGUGUGUGUGGAAACUGUGGCUGCUGUCGGAUGGAGUCAUGGGGACUUCUCGGUUGGUGAAAAGGGCUGUGGCAUGGGCAGGUGGGGCACCAACGACAAAGCAGUAGACGUACACGGCAUCCUUGCUUUCUCCCAGUUGCGCCAGUGCAACAGCAGCCUCUGCAACUCCAAACUGGACAUCAAAAGCCUGGAGCUGCAACCCAUUGGCAACGAGAGUGCAAGGGUUCCAAAUGGCGUGGAAUGCUACAGCUGCACCGGCAAAGAAUGUUUGAUCGACAACUCUGCCAUAGUCAAGUGCUACGACUCCUUCCAGGGAUGCUUCCAUGGCAAUGUUACAAUGAAAGCAGGCAACUUCUCACUGACCAGGCCUAUCAAAGGCUGUGUCAAGGAUGAGGAGUGCACUAAGAUGACGAGAGGAAGUCCAGCCAUCACCCUUACGGGUUCCUGUUGCUCUGGAAGCCUCUGCAACGUUGACCUCUCGAACAAAACACACUUCUCUGCCAAGAUUCCUCGGCUCGCGAUUCUGCCUAACAGUACUGCAGCCUCCACUACCUCCACUGCCACCACUGCAAAGGUUCCUGGCAGUGGGGCAGCCCCUUCUGUUGCCCACAAGCCAACUCGUUCCAUUACUAUGAGUCCACCGAAGCCUGAUUACCCCGGCCACAACCACGACCAUGACCACGAUCAUGACGAAAUCAGCUCUGUGAGAGAUGAAAAGCUGUUCAACGCUGUGCGAGUUGAAGAGCGAAAAAACCAACAAGCUCAGUUGCCCUAUGGCCCAAAAGGGGCCUCAGCAGGCCUAGGUGGGUCAGCCCUGCUGGUCUUGAUGCUGGCUGGGUUGCUCCUGUGAAGGAAAAUUGAGGAAAUAAAAUGAUAUUGAACUGUCUCCCUUCCAAU